UUCUCCAGGGGAUCUUCCCGACCCAGGCGUUGAACCCGUAUCUCUUGCGUCUCUGCAUUUAUCACUAGCGAUUAGUAGCUUAUUUGAAUGCUAAUGCUGAAACUAAAAUAUUCUGGGUUUACAUUUUCAAUCGCUAGUACACUGGGGAGUGAUUUUUUUCCCCUUCAUCUAGUCCAGAAACCACAAUUAUAAUAGUAGGGAGGAUGACAUCGUUAUACAGGACAGGAGACCUCCAAGUAAGGCCAAGAGCAGACCUCUGAAGGAACCGCACGCACACCUGUCUCCCUCUCUGGAGAUGGGAUUUUCCAAGGAGCCUGGCAGCCAGGGGUGGGGAGUGCUGAUGCUAAGGGUUCUUUGCUUUCUAGCAGUGCUUAUUUAGGAAAAAUUUGGAGCAAGUGGAAACAUUGUUUAUAUAUUCAGUUUUCAGAAGCCUGAUUUUAUUUGCAGAACGAUUAAUUAAACUACAUGUAAGGUAUUUAUUUAUGGAGAGAUUAUGUCUCAAGGAAGCUUUCCAUUAAACUGCCAGAUUUAGUCUUCUUGUUCGGUUUAAGCCAUGCAUACUCAGACAGUUGUGUCUCUCUUGUGACCCCAUGGACUGUAGCUGGCCAGCUCCUCUGUCCACAGCCUUUCAGCUGCCUUUUAUUAUCACUCUGAGAGCCAGGGUAGAAGAACACCACAAACAGGAAGGAUAACCUGUGUGGACAGAAGCGAUCCUGAUCAUCUUAACCCCUACCCAGGUGGCUUAUCUCCUAUGAGAGGGAAGCAGAGACGGUGGAGGCCCCCACUCUCCAGGCCGGCCUGUGACUGGACAGCACAGUUGCCACUGACCUCAUCUUCCGUCCUCUGGUCUGAGGUGCUGAGAACAUGGCCUGAAGGGCAGACUGCCCGGCCAGCCUUGUGAACUCUGGGCUUCAGUUUCCUCUCCUGGAAGAUGAGGAUACUGGUUUUGUGAGGAUUCGAUGAGUUGGUGCUUGUAAAGUGCUGGUACAGUGUCAGGCACUGCAGCAGACCCUCCAGUACGAGUUACCUGGUGCCCAGCAGAUCCGCUGCAACACAGAGAAUAGCAGUCUAGGAGGCUGAGAAGCGGUUUCCUUUAGAUGCUGAGAUUAUUUGUACUUGAACGUUUAAGGGUGACUUUGGGUCAUGUGAUCAUAUCAUCAAACUUAAUAUCCAAGUAGUAGACUCUUGUCUAGCUGUUUAGACUUAAGAUAUUUCAGGAAGAAGUGGCUCAAGCUUUUCAGAGUUUGGAGUUACCUGAUCAUCUUCAGCUCUGAUCCCUGUUCGCUUUCUGCAGUCUCCUCACAGCCCUCAUGUGGACUUGAGUUGGGUUUUCCCCCUGGAACUGGAGAAUUUUACAGGCAGAGUCUUAAGCGUCAUCUAGCUUUAGACCCGUCAUAUUCUGCCUUCCCUCCCUGCCCUCCUCUCAUAGUCAGUGCCCCUCUGCCGCCACUGUACGGGAGCUGUAGCCUGGUUCUCCAAGGCUUACAGAACGCCUGCCGUGUGCUCCGUACUGCUUUCAUGACAGGAGGACCACAGCAAGGCGCCACGUCUCUGCCCUUGGAAGUUUGCGUGCUGUUGGGGUGGGGGCUGUGUGUCUGUGUUGUUGGGAAUGAACAUGCUAGGAAACUAGCAUGGGAAUCAGGAAGGCCCAGGUGAGCGUGUGGAGGGAGCUGUUCUUUAAUAGGCUGGCCAGGGGAAGGCCAAACCGGUUAGGGAAUGUUUGUCCAGAGGCUGGGGAGGAAGUAAAGGGGCCAGCCGGUGCCUGGAGGAAGAGCUAAUAAGUUUCCGUGUGGAAAGGCUGGUGGCCUGUCCCAGAAGCAAGGAGACGACAACAGAACUAGAGCAGAGAGUGGCAGAGGAGGAGGUCAGAGAGGUUAUGAGGUGGCGGCAGCCCUCCCAGGCCAGCUCCACUUGGGAUGCGAUGGGGAGCUACUGCAGGGCUUGGACAUGAGGAAUCGACUUAACCUUUAAAAAGCACCACGGCCUUUCCUGCUGGCAACUCCUUUUUCAGCUCCCCUGAGAGGGAAUUUAAAAGGAGGGCUGCUGGCCUGCUGCUGCGCUGCUGAGCAGUAUGCAGUCCUUCCGGGAGCAAAGCAGUUACCACGGGAACCAGCAGAGCUACCCCCAGGAGGUGCACGGCUCAUCCCGGAUAGAGGAGUUUAGCCCUCGCCAGGCCCAGAUGUUCCAGAAUUUUGGGGGUGCUGGUGGUGGCAGUGGCGGCAGCGGCGGCAGCAGCGGUGGUGGACGACGAGCAGCGGCGGCGGCGGCGGCCGCGAUGGCCAGCGAGACCUCCGGCCAUCAGGGCUACCAGGGCUUCAGGAAGGAGGCUGGAGACUUUUACUACAUGGCAGGCAACAAGGACCCUGUGGCCACAGGAACCCCGCAGCCUCCUCCGCGAAGGCCUUCCGGGCCGGUGCAGAGCUACGGACCCCCCCAGGGGAGCAGCUUUGGCAAUCAGUAUGGCAGUGAGGGUCACGUGGGCCAGUUUCAAGCACAGCACUCUGCCCUUGGCAGCGUGUCUCAUUACUCGCAGGAUUACACGGGGCCGUUCUCUCCGGGGAGCGCUCAGUACCAGCAGCAGCCUUCCAGCCAGCAGCAGCAGCAGCAGCAGCAAGUGCAGCAGCUGCGGCAGCAGCUCUACCAGUCCCACCAGCCCCUGCCGCAGGCCGCCAGCCAGCCGGCGUCCGGCGCCUCGCACCUGCAGCCCAUGCAGCGGCCCUCAGCUCUGCCGGCCUCGGCUGCCGGCUACCAGCUGAGAGUGGGGCAGUUCGGCCAGCACUACCAGUCUUCUGCCACCGCCGCCUCCUCCUCCUUCCCAUCACCACAGCGUUUCAGCCAGUCUGGGCAGAGCUAUGACGGCAGUUACAGUGUGAACGCCGGAUCACAGUACGAAGGGCAUAACGUGGGCUCCAACGCACAGGCUUAUGGAACACAAUCCAAUUACAGCUAUCAGCCUCAAUCUAUGAAGAAUUUCGAACAGGCCAAGAUUCCACCAGGGACCCAGCAGGGGCAGCAGCAGCAGCAGCAGCAACAGCAGCAGCAGCAGCAGCAGCAGCACCCCCCUCAGCACGUGAUGCAGUAUUCCAACGCUGCCACCAAGCUGCCCCUGCAAAGCCAGGUCGGGCAGUACAGCCAGCCCGAGGUUCCCGUGAGGUCCCCCAUGCAGUUUCACCAGAACUUCAGCCCCAUCUCUAACCCUUCCCCAGCUGCCUCCGUGGUUCAGUCUCCAAGCUGUAGCUCUACCCCGUCUCCUCUCACGCAGAGUGGGGAGAACCUCCAGUGUGGGCAAGGCAAUGUGCCAAUGGGCUCCAGAAACAGAAUCCUGCAGUUAAUGCCUCAGCUCAGCCCAACCCCGUCGAUGAUGCCCAGUCCCAACUCUCACGCUGCGGGCUUCAAAGGGUUUGGGCUGGAAGGGGUGCCUGAAAAGCGGCUGACUGAUCCCGGCUUGAGUAGUUUGAGUGCCCUGAGUACGCAGGUGGCCAACCUUCCUAAUACGGUUCAGCACAUGCUACUUUCUGACGCCCUGACCCCUCAGAAGAAGACCUCCAAGAGGCCUUCCUCGUCAUCCAAGAAAACAGACAGCUGCCCAAACUCAGAAGGCUCCUCACAGGCCGAAGAGCAACUGAAGUCCCCGAUGGCGGAGUCGCUGGAUGGAGGCUGCUCCAGCAGUUCUGAGGACCAAGGCGAGAGGGUGAGGCAGCUGAGUGGCCAGAGCACGAGCUCGGACACCACCUACAAGGGCGGGGCCUCGGAAAAGGCAGGCUCCUCACCAGCACAGGGUGCUCAGAACGAAGCCCCCCGACUCAGCACCAGUCCUGCAGCCCGAGAAGAGACCGCCUCGCCGGGUGCCAAGGACACACCACUGUCAUCUGAGGGCAACCCAAAAGUCAACGAGAAGACAGUCGGGGUGAUUGUCUCCCGGGAAGCUAUGGCAGGCCGGGUGGAAAAGCCUGGUGGGCAGGACAAAGGCUCCCAGGAAGAGGAUCCUGCAGCCACACAGAGGCCACCCAGCACCGGGGGGGCAAAGGAAACCAGCCACGCAUCACUUCCACAGCCAGAGCCUCCGGGAGGAGGCAGUAAAGGAAACAAGAGUGGAGACAGUAACUCCAACCACAAUGGGGAAGGGAAUGGCCAGAGUGGGCACCCCGCAGGGGGCUCUGGUUUCACAGGCAGGACUGAGCCCAGCAAAUCUCCCGGAAGCCUGCGCUAUAGUUACAAAGACAGUUUUGGGUCAGCUGUGCCGAGAAACAUUAGCAGCUUUGCUCAGUAUCCUACAGGACAAGAUAAAGCGGACUUCACCAGCCACGGGGAGCGAAAGGGUAGAAAUGAAAAGUUCCCCAGCCUCCUGCAGGAGGUGCUUCAGGGUUACCACCACCACCCCGACAGGAGGUACUCCCGGAGUUCUCAGGAGCACCAGGCCAUGGCUGGCAGCCUCGAAGGAGCCACAAGGCCUAAUGUCUUAGUGAGUCAGACCAAUGAGUUAGCUAGCAGGGGCCUUCUGAACAAAAGCAUUGGGUCCCUGUUAGAAAACCCCCACUGGGGCCCCUGGGAAAGAAAGUCAAGUGGCACAGCUCCUGAGAUGAAACAGAUCAAUUUGGCCGACUACCCAAUUCCCAGAAAGUUUGAAAUAGAGCCUCCAUCAUCAGCCCAUGAGCCCGGGGGUUCCCUCUCUGAGAGAAGAUCAGUCAUCUGUGACAUUUCUCCACUAAGACAGAUUGUCAGAGACCCGGGGGCUCACUCGCUAGGACACAUGGGCGCUGAUACCAGACUUGGGAGGAAUGAGCGUCUCAAUCCCAGUUUAAGUCAGUCGGUCAUUCUUCCAGGUGGGCUGGUGUCCAUGGAAACAAAGCUGAAAUCCCAGAGUGGGCAGAUAAAAGAGGAAGACUUUGAACAGUCCAAGUCCCAAGCUAGUUUCAACAACAAGAAAUCGGGAGACCACUGCCACCCUGCUAGCAUCAAGCACGAGUCUUACCGAGGCAACGCCAGCCCCGGAGCGGCGACCCACGAUUCCAUCUCAGACUACGGCCCGCAGGACAGCAGACCCACACCAAUGCGGCGAGUCCCCGGCAGAGUUGGUGGUCGGGAGGGCAUGAGGGGUCGGUCCCCUUCUCAGUAUCAUGACUUUUCAGAAAAGUUGAAGAUGUCCCCUGGGAGGAGCAGAGGCCCAGGGGGCGACCCUCAUCACAUGAGCCCACACAUGACCUUCUCCGAGAGGGCCAACAGGAGUUCUUUGCACGCUCCCUUUUCUGCCAAUUCGGAAAGCCUGGCCUCUGCUUAUCACACAAACACGCGUGCUCAUGCUUAUGGGGACCCCAGUGCAGGUUUGAAUUCCCAGCUCCAUUACAAGAGACAGAUGUACCAACAGCAGCAAGAGGAAUAUAAGGACUGGGGUGGCAGUUCUGCUCAGGGAGUGAUCGCUGCGGCUCAGCACAGGCAGGAGGGACCCCGAAAGAGUCCACGGCAGCAGCAGUUUCUCGACCGAGUCCGGAGCCCCCUGAAGAAUGACAAAGAUGGCAUGAUGUAUGGCCCACCGAUGGGGACGUACCACGACCCCAGCGGUCAGGACGGUGGGCGCUGCCUCAUGUCUAGUGAUGGUCUUUCUAACAAAGGCAUUGAACUGAAGCACAGCUCCCAGAAGUUACAGCAAGAAUCUUGUUGGGAUCUCUCUCGGCAGACUUCUCCAGCCAAAAGCAGCGGCCCCCCAGGAAUGUCCAAUCAGAAAAGGUAUGGACCACCCCACGAGACCGACGGACACGGGCUCGCAGAGUCUACGCAGUCAUCCAAACCGAGUAACGUUAUGCUGAGACUUCCAGGUCAAGAGGAUCAUUCUUCUCAAAACCCCUUAAUCAUGAGGAGGCGUGUCCGUUCUUUUAUCUCUCCCAUUCCCAGUAAGAGACAGUCACAGGACGUGAAGAACAGUAACACUGAAGAUAAAGGGCGCCUCCUUCACCCAUCAAAAGAAGGCACUGACAAAGCGUACAAUUCCUAUGCCCAUCUCUCUCACAGUCAGGAGAUCAAGUCCAUCCCUAAGAGGGAGUCCUCCAAGGACCUUCCAAGUCCAGAUAGUAGGAACUGCCCUGCGGUCACCCUUACAAGUCCUGCUAAGACCAAAAUCCUGCCCCCGAGGAAAGGCCGGGGGUUGAAACUGGAAGCUAUCGUCCAGAAGAUCACAUCCCCAAACAUUAGGAGGAGUGCGUCCUCGAACAGCGCAGAGGCCGGGGGAGACACGGUUACUCUUGACGACAUCCUGUCUUUGAAAAGCGGCCCUCCGGAAGGUGGGAGCGGUGCUGUUCCAGACGCUGAGCUGGAGAAGAGAAAAGGCGAGGUGAUAGCUGAGCUGGCCUGUCCCACAAGCCAGGAGCUGAGCGGAGAAAAGCCUCUGGCCCGGUCUUCGGAGGAGUGGCGCGGUGGUGGGGAUGACAAGGUGAAGACGGAGACGCACCCUGACACGGUCGCCGCUGGGAAGGAGCCCCCUGGUGCCAUGGCAUCCGCAACCUCACAGAAGCCUGGGAGUAACCAAGGGAGACCAGAUGGGUCCCUGGGCGGGACAGCACCUUUAAUCUUUCCUGACUCAAAGAGUGUACCUCCUGUGGGCACAUUGGCUCCCGAGGCAAACCCCAAGGCUGAAGAGAAAGAGAGCGAUGCUGUGACGAUUUCCCCCAAACAGGAGGGCUUCCCCCCGAAGGGUUACUUCCCCUCAGGAAAGAAAAAAGGGAGACCCAUUGGUAGCGUGAAUAAGCAGAAGAAACAACAGCAGCCCCCGCCGCCACCCCCUCAACCCCCUCAGAUACCAGAGGGUUCUGCCGAUGGAGAGCCAAAGCCAAAAAAGCAGAGGCAGCGGAGGGAGCGAAGGAAGCCUGGGGCGCAGCCCAGGAAGCGGAAAACCAAACAGGCCGUUCCCAUCGUAGAACCCCAAGAACCGGAGAUCAAGCUGAAGUACGCCACCCAGCCCCUGGAUAAAACCGAUGCCAAGAACAAGUCUUUUUUCCCUUAUAUCCACGUAGUGAAUAAGUGUGAACUUGGAGCCGUGUGUACAAUCAUCAAUGCCGAGGAGGAGGAGCAGACCAAAUUGGUGAGGGGGCGGAAGGGCCAGCGGUCCCUGACGCCUCCGCCCAGCAGCACCGAGAGCAAGGUUCUCCCAGCCUCGUCCUUCGUGCUGCAGGGCCCCGUGGUGACAGAGUCUUCUGUGAUGGGGCACCUGGUUUGCUGUCUGUGCGGCAAGUGGGCCAGUUACCGGAACAUGGGCGACCUCUUUGGACCCUUUUACCCCCAAGAUUAUGCAGCCACUCUCCCCAAGAAUCCACCUCCCAAGAGGGCUGCGGAAACGCAGAGCAAGGUGAAGGUCCGGCACAAAAGUGCUUCGAACGGCUCCAAGACGGACACUGAGGAGGAGGAAGAGCAGCAGCAGCAGAAGGAGCAGAGGAGCCUGGCCGCUCACCCCAGGUUUAAGCGGCGACACCGCUCGGAAGACUGUGCCGGAGGCCCCCGGUCCCUGUCCAGGGGGCUCCCUUGUAAAAAAGCCACCACCGAGGGCAGCAGCGAAAAGACUGUUUUGGACUCAAAGCCCUCCGUGCCCACCACUUCAGAAGGUGGCCCCGAGUUGGAGUUACAAAUCCCUGAACUACCUCUCGACAGCAAUGAAUUUUGGGUCCACGAGGGUUGUAUUCUCUGGGCCAAUGGAAUCUACCUGGUCUGUGGCCGGCUCUAUGGCCUGCAGGAAGCGCUGGAAAUAGCCAGAGAGAUGUAGAGACCCGAACUUAGACCUGGAGGUUCCAUGGUGGUGCCAUCAGGACUGCAGGUUCCGCUGUCGUCUUUAGUAACAGGUUUCAUAACAGUUGGCCUACUUUUGUUUUUUAAAAUUGAGAUGUAAUUGACAUGUUGAACGUUAUAUUACUUUCAUGACCAAUCUCUUAAAUAAAUCUCAUACUGCCGCUUUAUCUUCUUGUAUUGUACUCACUCACUCUACCAGUGCCCUUUAAGAAUAUUACAUUUCUCUUCCCUUGACCCCAUUCUGUAUUUUCCAUCCCUCUUUUAGAACAGAGAGCUAGCUUGGUAUAUGGAAUUUAGGUUUUCAAUACGCUGCACGUCUGUGUUAUUUCACAAGCCUCCCAGUGAGAUAGGGGGAGAGAAGACACAGUCCGUUACGCUCAGAAUGCAGGCUGGCUUGGCUUCAGUGACACAUGCCUAGGAAGUGCUGUCCCCAGUGAUGUGUUGGUUUUUAACUGUUUUAAAAAGUUAUGCUUCUUGGCUCUUGGAACUGAUGUUCCACUAUGACUGCGAGAUCCUUUUCAGUUUUAUUUGUCUAGCUUUUUUGCUCCGUAAUGUGCUUGAGAACAAAUUAAAGUGACACUGACUUGACUUCCUUUUUUUAGUCUGAUGGACGCUGUUUCAGUCUGUCGGGUCACUUUGGGCCCAGUUUCCCCUCAGGUUCAGCAGCACCUUCAGCUCCGGUCUGCUCGGCGUGUCCUCAGUCCCGCCAUGUGAGAUGAGGCCACGUGUAUUUGACUAAAGACCCAUUUUGGCCCGGGUAUUUAUCAGGUGUUUUGACAAGUGUGAUAUUUUCACAAAAUAAUACAAAGUCUUCAAAACACACUAGUUCCUCUCCCUGUAAGCCUGUCUAACCUGAAAACAGCUGAAAGCUAUAGAACAUUCCUGUACAAACGGCUUUCGCUCUCUUUACAUUUCUGAGUGUCUGUAAGUAAAUAAGGGGCAGUAACAAUUGCCCUCUUACAUCUAACAGGCUAACAUCCCCCUUAAUUUACUUUAAACUGUGACAAAAAACAUAAUUUGACAAGUGUAAAAGUACUAAUGCAUUGAUUACCUUGAACAAGUGACUGCAUGUUAAAAUGUCAAAAACGGGUUGGUUACUUUCUCCUGUUAUCCCUAAAAUAAAGACAUUCUCCCGCAUUCUCCCUGAAUCCCAUCUGUGUGCUCCGUAAGCCAGCAGCCUCGCAAGGGCGCAGCCACCAGCGCGGGGCCUCCUGAGCCGUCCUUUGACUCCUGGCCUCUACCCUCGGCUCCAGCCUCCUGCCUCCCCUAUGACUGUGCCUGCCGUUGCCCCUGCCCUGCCCCGCACGCUGCUCUCCGUCCCCCUCAUCCCUGCAUUAUUCUCUGUCCUCCUCCUCCUCUUCUGUCUUCCUCACACACCACCACCCCCAGCCCCCAGCCCCCACAGCUGGCACAGCCUGUCCGUGGUAACAUUAAGGCACCAAGGUUUGUUCAUCUCUCUGUGGCCAUGUUAUCACGCAGCGGAAGGUUGUGUAAUUAUCUUAUUUCCUAUUCUUCUUAACAUUUUAUCCGUGUGAUAGAUUUCUAUUUUUCUAUUCCUACAUAAUGGCCUUGAGACCAAACCUCCAGAGAAAGGGUUAAUUUUCUUUCAGAAUUUGGCUUUUCUGAAUUCUAGGGACUCUCCUGUGAAACUUGGAAGUUUUUAAUCUUAUUGCUUAUAUUACCUUACACAUUGGAAGAGUUUUCCUACAGUCUGGUUCUUUAUUUCUUUUAGGGGUGGAGGGAUGAUGAGAGAAGUUUUACCCCUGAUUUUUAAAUAAAACUUAUAAGGCUCAGACUAUUCUUUGAAAAUGCUAAAGGACCAUAAAUAAUAUUGACAGGUCACUGUAUAUUAGGCCGAAUAAUUCAUCCCUGAGAGGUUAAACUAGGUAUAUUGUUAAUGUUAAAGAGCUCACAGGAUCAAAUAGCACAUAAAAGUUAAGUAUUCAUUUCAGUUCAGCACGUGUCCGAGUCCAUGUUAGAAAACCAAGAGUCUGACGUUAGGGUGAGCUGAGGACCUCUGUCCCUCGCAGGUGAGGGGCUCUCGGCCCGGCCCCAGGGCUGGGGUGCAAACAGAAGCACAUGCAGGGGCUCCUGGCCUCAGGGAGGCCUGUGUGCUUCCUGCAGAAAGCGGUGCGGUGCCCCACACAACUCCUGCACGACGGAGGUGCGGCGUCCGCGCCCCCAGCCCUGCCCUCCCCACGCCAAGGCCAGUUUCACAGGACCCUGAAGGUCACAGGUGCAGGCCAGUUUCUUCCCAUCUUCCCAUGUAUUGGAAAGAAGUCUGAGAAGGGAAAAUCCAGUCAGCUUACUGGUUGCCCCCAAAGACCCUCCUCCCCUUCCUGCCUUCGCCAUGUGGCUCAGCCACCAUGCGUGCGCGUGUGUGUUGAGGGCUGUGUGGAGGGGGCUAGGUCAGCCCUGGAAUCACGUUGCUUCUGGGGAAUUUCCUAGCUGGUCACUUGCUCAAGCCACUGACCUCUGUACUUGACUUUCCUCACCUGUGAAAUAUGGAAGCAGACGGCACCUGCCGUAAAUCAGUUUGAGCGUGAAACAAGGUGCUCUUUGGAGAGUGCCUGGAGAAGGGCUCGGCCUGUGCCGUGGGCUGGGGUCUGCCCUCGAGCGGCAUUCUCGCGUGUUGUUUUGGCGGAGAUGUAUUCCCGUUGUGAACUCACUCAGUGCUGGUUUGUAUCGUUUCAUCCUAGCACAAUUGGUGGUUCGUCCCGGCAGUGUCCAGAACAUAUCCUCCUGGAUAGCAAAGUGGCCCCGCACAUAAAACAAACAGUUUCUCCUCAUUUUUAUUACUCUUGUGGGAGGCUCUCGUUUGAGGGGAGCAAGGAUUCUGGUAUGUAAGGUGCAGUAUUAAUUACUGUCUCAUGAAAUAGCUUUAGCCCACAUGAACACCCUCAGGAGUUAGACUCCUCAAAGGAGAGGAACAGAAGGAAGAGAAUAAAAUCUGCCUGCACACUAAGUAAAAGCAUUAAUAUUCUUGUGAGUUGGUCAAUGUUGAUAGUGAUUACCUAAGGCCACGUAAAGAGUCUACCUAGUAAUAAGGUUCUUUGAAUAAGCAUUUUUGACAGGUCAGCCCUAUAAACAGAGAUGCAAAAUAAUUCAUGGAAUGAUUUGGGACAGCCACACUCCGUCUCCCACCAAAAAUAGUUAAUAUGUGUCUUGUAUAUGGAUGGCAGAGGCCUCUGUCGUAGCCUUUAAUUUAUGGGCAACGCAAAACCACUGACAGUUUCUAAGCGUGUGUCAUAUGAUCAGGUGUGUGUUGUAUGAAAGAGAUUCAGGAAGGACAUGGGGAGAGAUGAGCAAGCUGACCAGGUGAGAGGCUGUGGCUUUAAUUUAUACAGGAGAUGGUAAGGGCUGAAGAAGGGGUGGUGAAGGAAUCAAAGGAGUGGGCAUAUGCUAACAACGUUUUAGAAUUUAAAGUUCAUAGCAUCUAGAAACUGACUAGCCUGGCAGGUAAGAGACAGUGACCUCAGUGGGCGUGUGAGUGUGAGCAGGGCAGCAACCACAGAGAGGCUGAGAAAGAGAAGGGCGGUCUGAUGCAGACCGAAGAUACUGGUACGAAAGCAGUUCACAGGAGUCAGCACUCUAGGCCUCUUUAAUAAAGACUUGUUGAUUGUAUUUAGCUUUUUGAAUUAAUAUGAAAACUAGGAAACUUUUAAAUCUAAGUUGCAAGAAAGUGGAGGGGAAAUAGGAAAUCAUGAGAUCUGUGUCAUUUUUUAAAAAUCUCAUGUAGCGAACCCUGAAAAGGAGUCAAAGAAAGAAAUUAAGCUUAUCAUUGUAAUCAUUGCCUAAGAUAUGAUUGCGGAGGGAUGGGAUGGGGCAGAAGGGGAAAUUUGCUGGUUUUGGUUUUUGAAUAAUUUUUUCCGAGAUACUGACAUAAUGGACAGCACAGUGGAAUACCGAAUUGCAUAUAGUUACGGUGAGAAAGGGCUGGCUGAUAGAUGGGUCUGAAAAAGGCUCUGUGGUGCAUGGAGGCACCCGUAUUCUCAGGGUUCCAGGAUGUAGCUUAAGCCUUCUGUAUUGAAUUGAGACUAGACAGAGUGCAUGCACCUUACCAGAUGGUCUGUUGGGCUCCGAGGCUCUGUCCACGGACGGACACUUGCCUUUUGAGGGUCUGAGGCAGCUGCACUCACAGGAGACAUGGAGGAGGGCAGCCGGAGAGAGAACCGGGCAGACUGGCCUCGGGGCCUGGAGGAGGCACCUGGCAGGGUCCCUGGGGUCGAAGUUCCCAGCCUUACUCCCCUGUUGUGCACGUAUGAAAUACCAUUUAUAAAGGUGUUACUUAUCUACAUAAAGGUAAAUAAUAGCAGUGUUACUGUUUGUUGUUUUAAUGUGCUGUAAUUUCUGCAAGUGUUCUUGUUGGACAUUGAGGUUUCUGGUUAGUUUACUGUCUGUAUUCUUCAGUCGCUGAGUCCUGUCUGUCUCUUUGUGACCCCAUGUGCUGCAGCGUGCCAGGCUCCUCUGUUAUGCAAACAGAUGAGUAUACAUUUCUAUUCAUAGAGGUUUAUUUAGGGGAAAUUUUUAAGAUGUCCACUACUGAAUCAAAAAGUGGCCAUUUUAUGGUUUUUGAUAGGCAUCAUCUUGUGGUCUAACUGAAGAGGAUCAUACCAAACUGCUCAUCCAUGUGAGUGUAUGUUUCACUACAGUCUCAUGACAUUGGAUAUUUAAAAUUUUUAAAUUUAUUCUUUUUAAUUUUAUUUCUUGUAUUGGUGGUAUGGCUGUUUCCUGCUUUAAAGCUUUAUGCCUGAUGAUCAUUAAUUUAGAACUUUAAAGUUUCUCCUCAGGGUGGUGCCUUUUUUCUGUGCAUCUUUUCCCCAGUCUGAAUAACUUUGGUUACCUGGAAAUGUCAGAUGUGUGAAAGCCCUUUCUUCAGGAGCGCCACCUGAGUGAGGCAUUAGGAAGGCUCUUAGAUGGUUUUCUCAACUAUAAAUAGGAAGAUGACCGAGGGCUGUUGGGGUGAAAUUAACUUCGCUGGAGAUCAGGUAGCUUCCUUGGUGGGUUCCAGACUAUUCCUAGAGGCUUUUGAGUUGUGGUUUUUAGACAAAACAAGUACUGUGGGCUGAUGUCAGUCCUAGGAGGUGUCGCCCCGCGUCAUUUUAGUAAAGAUGUGUUCCUGUCAUUAAGCUUAUUGGGUAGAAGUCAGCCUGAAGAGAAAAUUCCCAGGAAGCCAGGCAGUCUGUAUAUGCUUACAGCUGACACGAGAUGUGAAUAUAUCCACAGCACACUGCUGUGAAGUAAUGCGCUCGCGGGAACGGAAGUAAGGAGCUGCCACAGAGCAGAUGCCUGAGCCAGGGCCCGCAGAGUAGCAGACUUGGAGUCUGAAGUGGUGCAUUCUGAGGGCAGUGACUGCAGCGAUGCCAGCCUUUCUGUCGUUUGGGGUAUAGUUGAUUUACGACAUUGUGUUAGUUCCAGGUGUACAGCCAAGUGAAUCCGUUACACACAUACGUGUGUGUAUAUAGUCCCUUUUUUAGAGUCUUUUCCCAUAUAGGUCAUUACAGAACACUGAAUAGAAUUCCCUCUGCCACACAGUAGGUCCCCAUUAGUUAUCUGUUUUAUGUAUAGCAGUGCGUGUAUGUCGAACCCCAUCUCUGGUGUAUCUCCCUGGCUCACCCCUGGUAACCACGAGUUUCUUUCCUGCGUCUGUAACUGUUUCUGUUUUGUAGAGAAGUUUACUUGUACCUUUUUAGAUUCUUCUUAUAAGCGAUAUCACACGAUACCUGUCUUUCUCUGACUUACUUCAGUCAGUAUGACAGUCUCUAGGUCCAUCAGUGUUGCCGCAAAUGGCAUUACUUUGUUCUUUUUGUGGCUGAGUAAUAUUCCACUGUGUGUGUGAGUGUGUGUGUGUGUGUGUCGUCUUCUCCAUCCAUUCAUCUGUUGAUGGACACUUUGGUUGUCUCCGUGUGUGUGUGUGUGUGUGUGUGUGUGUGUGUGUGGCGUCUUGUUGUAGACACUUUGGUUGUCUCCGUGUGUGUGUGUGUGUGACAUCUUCUCCAUCCAUUCCUCUGUUGAUGGACACUUUGGUUGUCUCCGUGUCUUGGCUGUUGUAAAUCGCGCUGCUGUCAACAUUGGGGUGCGUGUAUCUUUCCGAGUUGCGGUCUUCUCUGAGUAUGUGCCCAGGGAUGGGAUUGCUGAAUCAUAUAGUCGCUCUGUUUUUAGUUUUUUAAGGAGCCUCCAUCCUGUUCUCCAAAGUGGCAGCCCCAGUUCACAUUCCCUCAGACAGUGUAGGAGGGUUACCUUUUCUCCUGUGACAUCAACUUUGAAGGCAUUUAAUUUCUUCUCUGUUUCACUAAGCAGCUAGUGGAAGAGUUUUAGGAAAAUGUAUGUUCAUUUAGCAAUUGUCAGGCAUAUUCCCUGUGACUGGCUCCGUGGAGAUGCCAGGUGGUUCCAGACUUGGAAAAUAGUCUAAGAAGUUUAAAUCUUGGUUCAGACGGGUGUCAGAUGUAGGUCCUUGGUUUACUUGAGAGUGACUUCGUUUUUUCAUUCAAAAAUUGCUUUAAACUGAUUAAGGUACGGAAUAGGAUAAUUGCCAGAUGGUUCUCUUUGCUUGUUUCUUGAUAGAGCUCUCUCUGGAAGGAAUCAAAAUAUAUUAAUGCCUUGAAAAGGCAGCCCUGAGGAACGGGACCAAAGCCACAGUGUGGUUGCCGGUGGCGUCCCUGUGAGUUGCUGCUGCCUCCUGGCAGGCAAGGCCCUGCAGCGCCGCAGACCCCUUCCUCAGGAAAGCCCCUCCCCUCCGGGCACUGCCUCUCCAGCAGGGGAAUUCCUCCACCCCACCCCCACUUUGGAAAAAAGAGAGUUCCUUUUAAGGUGAAUAUGCCAACAAGAUCUCAUCGCUCAGUUCUGGAAGACACUCCAUUCACAGCCUUCCCAUUUAACUCUCAGAAGCCCAGGAAAUGAUCCAGAAACGCACACAGAGAGAGAGACACAUA